AGGUAUAGGGAUGAGUACAGAGACAGGGAUUACAGGAGGAGAAGUCGCAGUAGAAGCGGGGGAAGAUAUGACCGUGACAAACGCCGAGGAAAAGAAAGGGAUCGUUAUCGAAGCAGGAGCCGCAGUGUAAGUCCUGAUUAUCGUAAAGAACGUGGGAGAGGCAGACAUGACGAUGAUAGGCAGAGUCGGAGUCGGUCGUAUGGAAGUGCAUCUCCUGCUCGGCGCAGCCCCAGUCCNAUUCUUUCCAAUUAUGAAUAUCUGAUAAUCAUAAGCAAUGGUGGUUGCUGGUUUGAAGAUGGAGAGGGUGCAGAGAAGAUUGAUGUAGAUGAGGAAGGCAUGGGUUUUAGUCAGUGGGCUCUUCGUAAUGUGGUGGUUGAGGAUAGCAAUGGUGGUUGCUGGUUUGAAGAUGGAGAGGGUGCAGAGAAGAUUGAUGUAGAUGAGGAAGGCAUGGGUUUUAGUCAGGUCAGGUGGGAACUGGUCUGUCUGAACAUCUCAGAUGUGUAUCGAGAGGUUUGGGCAAGGAUGAAGUCUAAGAGGGUGCCAAUGACUUCAUUUUGUGUGGUCUGA